AGAACGUAAAUUGUCAAGUUGACAGUUCUCGCCACCGUGGUAAAUAAAAUCACCUAGUCGAACUAAAUUAUUAUAAUGGUAGAGGAUGCUAAAAGAAAUUCCUCUGAGGAGGAAAUCAACAAGGAAAAACCAGAACCCGAACCACUCAAGCAAUUCUCAUUAGAGAUUCUAAAACUCAUAAAAGAUGCUCAACAGCAACAUGGUUUACGUCACGGCGACUACCAACGUUACAGGGGCUAUUGCUCCCGCAGAAUUAGACGCUUGAGGAAAGUUUUGAAACUGCCACAAGGUGACCGAAGACAUUUCAAGAAGAGAGAUGUAACUGAACAGCAUAUUUCUCACUCGAAAGCUGAUGAGAGAUACUUACAUGUACCUUUAGUACUCUCUGAAAGAUGCUGGGCAUAUGCCAUGCAAUUGCGGCAAGAAGCCAACACUGAGCCUCGUAAAAAAUUCCAUCUGGUGCAGAAACUAAGGAAGGCAUGUACAUAUGCCAUGCAGUUGGAUGAGUUGUGCAAGCAAGAGCGCUGUGACGCGAGGACAAGAUUGGAAUCCCAAGCAUAUGUCGCGUGGAUUCAGGGUUCGUUACAAUUCGAGCUGCAAUUGUGGCUUCAGGCAGCCGAAAAUUUGAAGAAAGCACAAGUUAUUUAUGAGAAACUGAUCUCUGCACUUCCGGAACACGACCAACUUCCGUACAAACAGCGUGUGGAGGAGAUUACGCCCAGCCUCCGUUAUUGCGCCUACAACAUCGGCGAUGACAAGACCGUCGAUUUGUUAGAGCUACGCAGCCAGGGCGUCCUCGAAAACUUCGACGCACUGGUCGCGCAGACUAAAGAGAAGACUGCUGCGGUCUUACACGAGAUUCAGUGGUUCGGCGUUAAGGUUCCGGUCCGAAUUGAACGUGUACGUCUUUUCUUGAUCAGUAUCGAGGGGUUGGACGAGUCAUUGAAGCAUGCUGAAGACAAUCAGGCCAAGAUCAAGAUUUUAGAAAACUUAUUCAUCGAUUUGCGUGACGUUAUUUCAUUGACCAGGGACAGUGCUAGGACUGAAAAACAAGAUCAGUUGCUCUUGUCUUAUUUGCUGUCUGUUAGAGUUGAAAGAACAUCACAAAGAAAUUUGUUGCUGGUUAAGCAGACUAGGAAACCGCAAGAUUGCGUAAGGCUUUUGGAUAUUAACGUCCAACAGACAACUGAGUUGUCACAAAACGAUAAUGUUAAAGACAUUGCUAAAGCACAGGCUCAUUACGAACUUCACAUGAAGGCUUACAAAGCCCUUAGAUCGUAUUAUUUGGCUCGCACUGUUGUUGGACAAAAGAAAUGGAAGGAAGCAGUUCUUUUGUUUAAUGGUGCAAUACAGGCUGUUGCUGAUCUACCUAAAGGUGAUUUCACAGGAGAGUUGUCAGAAUUAUUGAACAGCGUAAAAGAAAAUGGACCAUUGGACAUGGCAACUGCUCAGGCAAAUUUCAUAUUAGAUCAAACCGAAGAACCGACCUCCAUUCCACUGCCCCAGAAGCAGUACAAAAGCAAGAAACCGAUCAUCGAACGUUUGGAUGAGUUUAGAGAGGAACCGCAAUUGUUAUCGAAAAAUCCGAACCUUGUCACGGUACCUCCAGCCAUGGAACCUGUGCCAGCCAAGCCACUGUUCUACGAUUUGGCGUUGAAUUUCGUCGAAUAUCCAGAUCUGUCGGAUAAAUUGGAAGGAGGGCAACAGAAGCAACAGAAACAAGGAGCGGGUAUUUCUGGAUUCGUUAAGGGAUUGUGGGGAUGGGGAAAGAAGUAGUUGGGUUAUGGGUUUUUUAUUAAUCAUUUGUAUGACAUAUUUAGUCAAAUAUAUUAUUGUAUAUUUGAA